AUGCCAAUCACUGCAAAAGGAGCGGUUUACAUUGUCUUGACUACUAUCAGCCUGAUAAUCGUCGCUUUAGCUGUGGUAGCUGUCGGCACUGUCGUUAUUUGGGGCUUAGCCGACUGGGGUUGGCUUUGGUUUUGGACUCUGCCAGCGGGGAUAUUCUGUUGUUUUGCUAUCGCUGAUUUCAUUUUGCUCGCUUUUUCGAUCGUUGGAGUCGUCCGAAAGACAAGUGGUAAACUCAUUCCGGCGCUCGUUGUGACGGCACUGGAAAUCGUAUUCCACGUGGCAGGGCCGAUCGCGUUCAUCGUUUACGUUGCAACAAGUUAUGACUUUUAUGUAGAGUCUUGCGAGUGGGGCCUUUUUGUAAUCGGAGAGCUCAGUAAUUUAACGUUGUCGAUAACUCGCUUCAUUUUUGGCCGCUUGGCAUACGUUGAAAUGAAAGCUCUGAAACGGCUAGGACAAGUUUCGAGUGUCGAAAAGGAGCUUACUGAACAAAACAAACAAAACGAGUCUCUUCAAUGGACC